UAGAACCUAAGUUUCCCAAAUUUUCUCACUACAACCUCGUGUUUAUUGCCUUUUCAGUUAUGCACCCAGCACCCAAGGCUCCAGUUAUGUCCCUCAAGGUGUGUCUUCUCCUUGCCUUCCUCAUGGCCACCACUUUAUUCCCAGGGAGCAAAGGCACACCCUAUAGCGACUUCCUGAAAAGAUACCUGGACAACCCUAAGUCUGACUUCCGGAACGAUGAAACUUACUGUAACCAGAUGAUGCGUCGCCGUAACCUGAAUUGCCAGCAGGGCAAUACCUUCAUCCAUACCGUUGAACAACACCUGAUUUCCAUCUGCACUUGCAGGGGGGAAGUCCUGAAUGGGAAGCAGACCAGCAAAACCCUCUUCCCCAUCACAGUCUGCACCCUGAAGAAGGGCCCUAGAGAGCAGCCCUGUAGUUACAAGGGGGAGAUUAAAAUCAGGAAGAUCCAGGUUACCUGCCAGAAGGGCCUGCCUGUCCAAUAUAUUGCUCAUGUCUAGAAGGAAAUGUAGGGCUGGAAGAGACGGGGCUGAUGAUGUGAUCCCACCUUCCCAUCACUUUCUAAAGCUCGAAAUGUAACUUCAGUGGCUUAUGUUUCCCAUCUGAUUUAUGUCUAUGUAGCACAUUGCAGAAUGCAGGUGCUAAAUUAACAGUAGUGAUUGUUUCUUGCAAGGAUAUCUCUGUCUAAGCCACGCACAGUUUUCAAGACAGUUUCUGUAAAACAAUAAACUUGACUAUUAAUGACCUGCUUCUUCAUUUUUCUUUGUACUCUUUUGCCAUUGUGUCCUCUGUAUGCAGUAAAGCAUAUUCUUCUCUCUCUUAGCUUUAUCUAUAUCCCACCACCAUCUCCCAAAAAGACUCGGGAUGACAUUAAGAAAUCCUGAUGUGAAUUCUGGAGUAAUGAGACUAUUCCCAGCUUAGGACUUAUUUCCACAUGGUUGGUUUGCACAGCAAACAGCA